UGUUGCAGGCUUCACACAGGUAGUCAUUGUAGGCAACACAGUGAACACGCUAACCUUAUUCUAACGAUACGUGGAUUCUCCCAGAAUAUUUGUUUUGCUCUCGUGGCUUGGUGAAAGCCCAUGACACACAUUUGGCAAGCAAGCUGGAACCGCAUAGGAGUAAGGGGACAAAUGACUCGAUUGGAACAGAACCAUUUUCACUGGAACAUGGGGAACAGAAAUAGGCUUUUUUAACCAAUUAUUAUUCGCGGACUAGUGAGUCAUUGAUCAAGGACUGACGUGCCAGUUAGCUGGACGCACGUUAGCUAGCUAGCUCCUCGAUAGUCCGGUUUUGUCAGCCAGAUCCAUUGCCUUGCGGUGUGGAUGUAGAUUAGAUGGAUUAGAUGCAGUAAUAUUAGAUAGGUUAUUCGACGGACUUUAUAUUUGAGUUAGGUUUAUUUAACCAUGCCAUUUUUUCUCGAGGGUGUAUCAAGUUGGUUGGCUAGUUAGCUACCGUUACUAGCUUAGUUAGCCAACCACUGACUGAGUUUUUGGUGGAACUGUAUUCCACGUAUUGUUUUCUUCCCAGGGUUUGUAGUUUUACUGUUCCAGUAACGUUAGAUAUUCUUCUCUUUCUGGCUUCAUGUUUUUCAGCUUAUAGCUUUAAAACUUUGCAGAGAUUUUCCUCCUAUAUUUACUAUUUAUUUUAAUGAAUUAACUUCGCUAAAAGCCUAUAUUCGUAGCUAAGCCUUCAAUUCUUUCGACUUGGAAAAAUGGAUGCGGGUAUUGAAAAGGAAUGCAGCGCCCUGGGAGGGCUCUUCCAGAUCAUCAUGAACGACAUGAAGGCUAGUUAUCCAGCCUGGGAGGACUUUGUAACCAAAGGAGUAAAGCUGCAAUCCCAGCUCAGGACAACUAUCAUCGUCACAGGCUCUUUCCUGGAUGCCUUUCAGAAGGUGGCAGAUAUGGCAACCGGAACAAGAGGGGCUACAAAAGAGAUUGGCUCUGCUUUGACGCGAAUGUGUAUGAGGCACCGAAGUAUAGAGUCCAAACUGAAGCUCUUCACCACGGCUCUGAAUGAUACCCUGAUUAACCCCCUGGAGCUGAAGAUAGAGGAGUGGAAAAAGGUGGCCAGCCAGUUGGACAAAGACCAUGCCAAAGAAUACAAGAAAGCCCGAGCAGACAUCAAAAAGAAAUCCUCCGACACAAUCAAACUGCAGAAGAAGGUUAAGAAAGGGAAGGAUGAGGUGCGAGUACAGCUGGACACCGCCCUGCAGGAUGUGAACGUGCGUUACGCCGUCCUGGAGGAGACUGAGAAGAGGGCCGUGUGCCGGGCACUCAUCGAGGAGCGGGGUCGCUACUGUGCCUUCGUCAGUAUGCUCAAACCCGUUCUGGAUUAUGAGAUCAGCAUGCUGGGAGAGGUGACCCACUUGCAAACCAUCCUGGAAGACCUAACAACCCUGACGGCUGAGCCCAGCAAACUGCCACCUGCCAGCGAACAGGUGAUUCUUGAUCUUAAGGGCUCUGACUACAGCUACAGUUACCAAACACCCCCCGCUUCUCCCAGUAACACCUUAUCCCGCAAGAGCAGCAUCAGCAGUAACUACAACUCUGUAAGGCAUGUCCCGUCUCUGGACUCCAUCACUUCAUCUGUAGAUGGCAUUCACCUCCGCCCGCCCUCCCUGGACCCAGCACAGCACCACCCACCCAGUCCGUUGGCGCAUUUUGAGGGCUGGGAGGGCACCGGCCGCUCCCUCAGCGAAGGCAACUCGCCGGCCACCUCUGCCCGCUCUGGCUCCUGCCGCACCCACGCCCGCUCAGCCAGCUAUGCUGUACCCAGAGACACCACCGACCUGAGUGGGACCUGUCAGCCUUCAUCCUGGUUGGGCAUGGCUGGGCCGGGCACAGAGAAUGGCACAGCCAUGCCCCCUCCGCAUAACGCUUACACACAGCACGGCGAGAGGGCCCGCGCAAUGUCCACAUCCGGAAAGCCCCAAAGUGCCCGGGAACAGCUGGCCUUGACCCUGGGUGGGGGGCUCAUUUCAGAGGCACCCCGCACCAGCCACGACUCCCUCCACUGCUCCAGUGGCUACAGCACCCAGACCACAACACCCUCCUGCUCUGAGGACACUAUCCCCUCCCACGCUGUAAAGAAAGAACCCCCUCCUUAUGACUACGACUACAUCUCUCUGCACGGGGGUGAGGAGGCACACCAUGUCCCGCCCAACUUUGACAAGUCCUCCACCAUUCCCCGCAACAGCGACCUCAGCCAGCAGUGCCGCAGGAUGUUCCAGAGCAGGCGCCCUGCCUCCACCGUGAGCCUUGUUGCCGAACCCGAGCUCUGCCCUCGCCCUUCGCACACAGCCACCAUUCGCCGCAAGCCCUCCUCCAAGCCCGCCUACCGCCGCGGUACCAUCAGUGGCGGGGUGCCCAUCCCCAUCUGCACCCCCCAGGUGCCCCUGAAAGCCGCAGGUGGGGGUGCCAAUGGCGGCGCACGGGAGAACUGCGGGAGCGAUGAGAACAUGGGGCCACCGGGGGGCGGUGUCGGAAUGGGCAGGAUGGUGGACCUCGGGCUGGUCCACACCAAACACAGCCUGUGCACCUCCACCCAGAGCCUGAGUGCCAUGCCCACACACAAGUCCACAUCGCCCUACUACUCACUGUUCCCGGGCCAUGCGCCCGUGCCCGUGGGCAGCUCUGAGCAGCUGUACCAGAUGAGCAAACAGCAGCAGUAUGCCCUUCACCAGCAACAGCAGAAACAGUACCAGCAGCAGUUGUUCCAGACACAACAACAGAUGCAGCAGCCCCAGACACAACAACAACAGAUGCAGCAGCCCCAGACACAACAACAACAGGUCAGUCAGCCCCAGACACAACAACAACAGGUCAGUCAGCCCCAGACACAACAACAGAUCCAGCUUGCAGUUCAACAACAACAGUACCUGCAUCAGCAGCAGUACCAACAACCGAAUAUCCAGUCGCAGUACCAGCAGCUGAAUACCCAACAUCAAAUGCAACAGCAGCAGCCUAAUCUCCCACAACAGCACAAUGCAAUGUCUGGCACUGCCAACCAGCUGGUGGAGAGAGGGCAGGGCCCAGCCCCUGAGCACCUGGCUGCCGACCACCAGGAGGAGCGGGAGGAACCCUCAGGUGGUAGCGGUCAAAUGCUCACCAUGAUCCGGGGGGUGAAACUGCGUCGGACCCUGACCAACGACCGCUCAGCCCCCUUCAUCCCCCCGCCGAAUCAUCUGAAAUGAGCCGCCACCCAUCACGCGGCGGACAUGUUGUUUUGGACCAAUGAUACUGCACCUACAAAUGUAGGGUGUCAUUGUUUUGUUUUCUUCCUUUUCUUUAGGCCCUGUUUUGGGGAAUGGGUGUUACAUUAAUCCUGAAAAAUAAAAGGAUGUUGCCUUUGGACAUUUCGUUUCAUGUCAAAGGCCUCCCUCAUUAACUGUCCAGCAGCACUGUGUUUUAAACUGAUUGUUAUAAUCUUCCUCUGAAGGACUUAUUGGUGAAUGUGGCCUCUAUCGCUCUGUAAUUUAAGAUGUUUAUACGUAUGAGGAUAUGUGUUGGCUAUAUAAAACCAUUUGAGGUUAUAGAUGGUAAGUCCAAUGUUUAUAUAUUGUUCUUGAGAAAUGGCCUUGCUUACUUAGAUGUAUCAAAGCUAUUUGGUUGGAAUCAAUAAAAAUCCACAUAUUUGUAUAUAUUAGCUUGAUAUGCAGAAAACUUUAUUGUAUUUCUUUUUUGUUGUAUUUGUUGACAAAAUAGCACUGGCAUCCUUUUUGUCAUCUUAUUUUUGUAAAAAGAACAAGCGCCAGGUCGAAGCAAAGAGGUGCUUCCUGUUUUGCCGGUACAUGGAUCAGUCUGAGCAGACACAGACUGAGCUCUUGUAUCAAACCCUGAUGUAAAUGGAAGACUGACACUUGCAGACAGAGAUUGAAGAAUCAGACAUACUGAAGAAUCCAUGCUUUUCUUGUCUCGCUCGAUUGCUCUUUUUGUACUCUAUAGGUUUACAGUGGCUUUUAAUUCUUCAAGCUGGCUUUGCUAUUUAUUUAGCCAGCAACCUUUUCUCUUCAUCAAGCGCACACUUCAACUUCUGUGCAGUGGAGGCAACAAGCUUCUGAAGAAAAUAACAAUUAGAAGGUGUUUACCGUUGUGAUCUUCACUGAACUCCUUCACAGCAUGUAGGGGGAUGGGACCUUUGAGCUUUCUAGCCAUUAAACAUAGCUUUAGCAUACUCCUCUUUGAACAUAUUCUUCCCUUAGCAUAAAGAUUGAGGAGAAACCUGAGGAGAUGUCGCAUAAUAGCGACUCCUCCGCUAAGUGCAAAUCAUUCUGCCGACAUUAAAGGCUACUCCACACCCAGCUGGCCUGGGAUAUUCUCUUCUCCGUCUCACAUUCCUUCCAUCCCACCCUUUUUUCUUUUGAACCUCCAGGUUUGUGUAGGGGGCUGAAUUACCUGACACCGCUCGCUUGCCUCGCACCUGUCUCGGAGCGCAUCGAAUGACCGCGUUGGCCAGUUUAGCCAUUGUGCGUUCUCCCACCUCUUCCCUGGCCUCUUCGAGGGCCAGAGGAACUUCAGUGGCAUCCGCAGUCUAGGUCUUUGUGUCAGGACGGGGAAUACAACAACGCCACCCCUGUCUCAAUCAGGUUUUAGGUAAUAUUAAGCUGCUUUUGAGCCCGCGCUUUAAGUUCAAGCUCCAAAUGGUAAUUACAGCACAGUGCGCCCAUCUCCCUAACCUCUAAGUAUGUAGCGGUAAGGCCCUAGAUAGAAUGAGCGGGGUCUGGGAUAGUCAAAUUACUGGUCUAGCUGAGCUGCAUUCCCUCUUUCUGUUGGGUUAAUUGUAUGUUAUUCAAAAAGAUGUGUGUUCUACUGAGAGAAGUGCAGAGGAUCCUUUUUUUUGUUGGUUCUUUCAAUAUGGGUAAAAGUAAUGCUGCAAAUUCAUUUGUAUUGAUUACGGGAGUUGAAAUAAAUUUUUAUGAUGUUUUUAA